AUGCUUGACGCAGUAGAUGGGCUAAAUCCUCCAACAGAAGAGCUGAUUGCAUUAAGGAUUGCUUGUAAUGCAAGCCUUGCGCAGUUCCAGAAUCAGCUCAUGGAUAGGAAUGUGGAGUUGUUAUGGAGCCUUAACGACAUUUAUAUCUGUAUGACAAGACCAGAGGACCUAUAUUUCGUGAGGUACAUGCUUUUGGAAUCUCCUCAUCAUCAGCACUUCAACCUAAAUUUCCUUCUAGCCCCAAUCAUAAGUAUAACUAUCAACAGAUGGAUCCAACUCCGAUCCGCAGCAAGGGACAUUUUUCCGAACGCAUCUCAUGCAAUGCCAUAUAUAAAUGCUCUGUACCGGUUCCGAAGGUCGCCUGAUGCCAAGGAAGUCCUGAUUAAAAUUGUUCAUCAUAAGAUGUGUGUUAAUCAUGGGUUUCGACGCUAUCACGAGUACAUGGUUGCUUAG